CCGUACAAAAACCCUAACGUCGGAAUGGUUGUCAUCCACAGUGGCCAGUUCUAUAUCAUGGCUGAGCGUUCAGGACUAUCAUAACGUCGCAAGACCUUUCUUCUGUCGUUUCCUCCCAGUGAUCGCUAAUUGAUAGGCUUUAGAAUUGCUAUAUAUUCCACACAAGGCCUCUCAUCCUUGUUCACGUUCGCCAAUGCAGGAAACCUGUCGGAACUCCUUAGAGGCUAAGCAGCAGAAGUGAAUCUAUACUUAUCUGCUAAUUGUUGCUGUGGUCUUAUCUUACGCCGAGUUCGACUUCAAAUGGAAAGCCAUGUAUGGCGAUAUAUCGUUCGAGUCCGGGCACCCUUGGGUGAAGAUCGCUUUCUGGUAUCUGAUCCCAGGGCGCUGCAGUAUAUAUAUCAGACUAGCGAACACGGAUUUAUCAAAUCCCCAGACCACAAGGAGAUCGGAGGAUUGAUUACAGGCCCGGGGAUUCUCUUCGUCGAAGUCACAUAGGUGACAGCCACAAGAGGCACCUUAAAGUUCUCCUACCGGGUUUCGGAGGAUGUGAAGCGAAAAUUUAUGUACCAG